AUGGAUGCUCCGAGGAGGGUUACCAUCAAGGAAGCGGGUGCACCGGAUUAUUUUCAUGGGCUUCCCGCACAAGACCCUAUUCGACAUCUCAAGGACUUCCAUCGCAUAUGCUCAACCACUAGACGGGAAGGAUCCGAUGAAGUUGCUAUAUGGUUGUUUGCUUUCCCUUUCUCUCUUGAGGACAAGGCGAAAGAAUGGUUCUACACUCUAUCUAGUGAAGUCACAUCCGAUUGGGACUUACUUAGAAGAGGAUUCUUGGAUAAAUUCUUGCCUCCGGAGAAGAUGGAUAGGCUAAGGAAGGAAAUGUCUUGUAUUGUGCAAGGUGAAACGGAACCGCUAUACGAGUAUUGGGAACGGUUUCGUAAGCUACUAGACGCAUGCCCUAAUCACAUGCUUGACACUCAAGUAUUGCUCGGAUACAUAUGUCAAGGGAUGCGAGAACAAGAUAGAACUCUCUUGGACACCUCUAGCAAUGGUUCUUUGUCUAAGUAUAAAACAGCGGAGGAGGCAUGGCAACUUAUUAUUGACCUAGUCGAAUCCAACCAACAUAUGAGACGAAGAGUCAACCGUCCGAGAACCGUGAAUGAGGGAGCAAAAGACUCAAAUCCUAUCACAAUCGCCCAAGAGGAGGAGAAAAUAGAUGUAGAAGAGGUAGAGGAAGAGGAAACACCACAAGUUAUAAUUGAGGAUGAAGCUCAACCAACAAAGGAGACCCCCAAGGCCAAGAGAACCUUGGAAGAAGAAAUUGCUCAACCACUCCCAUUCCCAACACUUGCAAAGAAAGCUAGAAAGCGCAUAGAACUCGACCCAAAAAUGGUAGAAAUGUUCAAGAAAGUUGAGGUAACCAUCCCCCUCUUUGAUGCUAUCCAUCAAGUUCCUAGAUAUGCAAAAUUCCUCAAAGAUCUAUGCAUGAACAAGGAUAGAAUUCUUGAAUUGGAAACCAUCCCAUUAGGGAGUUCUAUUUCCGCUUUAAUAGGAGCAUUGCCCGAGAAGUGUGAUGAUCUGGGCCCUUGUAUGGUCACUUGCACCGUCAAUGGAGUUCAAUUUAUAGACUGUAUGUGUGACCUCGGAGCAUGUGUUAGCAUCAUGCCACUCUCCGUCUACCGGGUAUUGAAGUUGCCACCACUAAAAAGGUCGACGGCAAGAUUUGUCCUAGCAGAUAAAAGCAUAAUAACCGUGACGGGUGUUGCGAAAGACGUAUUGGUGAAUAUCAAAGGGUUGGUGUUAAGAUGGAAUUGA